AUGGCACCAAAGAUACUUGUAAUGGGUGAACUGUAUUGGGCGAAGAGGGACGCGGAGGAACUUCUGAGUGGGAUUGCGGAUGUCAUUUCAAUGGAAUCACAAUCUAGAGAUGAGCUGUUCAAAGACUUUGCUUCGGGUGGUCGUUACAGCGACAUAGUCGGAAUUUAUCAUGAACAUCUUUCGGACAAGCGCACAGGACAUCCUGACGAAGCAUUCUUCAACGCGUUACCAACAUCCUGCAAGUGGUUCGCUCACAAAGGCGCAGGCUAUGACUCCGUAGCAGUACAUGCAGCUAAAGCAAGAGGUAUUGGAGUGUCUAAUACACCUGGAGCAGUCGACGAGGCUACGGCUACUACGGGCGUCUUUUUGCUUAUCGCGACAAUGCGUAGGUUUAGCUGGUGCGAAGCAAAUCUCAGAUCCGGGGGUUUCAAUCCUAAAGGCGUGGAGGAAAGUGCGAGGGACUUGAGCGGGAAGACUGUGGGUAUUCUAGGGAUGGGUGGGAUAGGAUUGAAAAUGGUCAGCUAUAUUCAACCUUUCGGCUGUGAAAUUCUUUACCACAACCGACGUCCCAACGCCCUCGCUCCUUCCCAUGUCAGAUAUGUUGCCGAUCUAUACGAUUUUCUUGGGCAGCUUGACGUGUUGAUGGUGAGUAUGCCCCUAAAUGAGAAGACCAGGGGAUUUGUCGGUGAGAAGGAGAUCAGAGCCAUGAAGAAGGGUAGCAUCAUCAUCAACACUGCCAGAGGUCCAGUGAUCGAUGAAGAGGCUAUGAUCCAGGCUCUUCAGGACGGUCAUCUCGGCUCUGUUGGUCUUGACGUAUUCAUCAAAGAACCCCAAGUUGAUCAGAGGUUGAUAGAGAUGCCCCAUGUCACCUUGCUACCGCAUGUCGGAACGGAGAACCAAGAUGCUAGGCGAAAGAUGGAGGUAGUCGCGUUGACUAAUCUGAGGGAUUACUUGUCAACCGGUACUGGCCCAAAUCUCGUACCAGAAUGUAGAUAG